GGCGGCCAUGGCGGCUGCGCGGCGGCAACGGCGGCUGCGGCGGAGCGCGCGCCCGGCUUUGAAUGAGCGGAGCUGGGGCUGAGCCGGCCGAGCGCGAGCUCGGGGGAAACCGUGUGCGCGCCCGCGCGCCCGCGCGCAGGCCGGCCGAGCGCGUGUGUGUGUGUGUGCGCGUGCGCGCCCGCGCGCGCGCGGCCCGCGGCGGAUCGGAGCCUCCGCCGGGCGGGCGGGCAGGGGGAGGGGCAGGUUUUGGUUCUCGCCAUGGCCAUCACUCAGUUUCGGUUAUUUAAAGUUUGUACCUGCCUAGCGACAGUGUUCUCAUUCCUAAAGAGACUAAUAUGCAGAUCUGGCAGAGGAAGGAAAUUAAGUGGAGACCAAAUAACUUUGCCCACCACAGUUGAUUACUCGUCUGUCCCUAAGCAGACAGAUGUGGAGGAGUGGACUUCCUGGGAUGAAGAUGCACCCACCAGUGUCAAAAUUGAAGGAGGGAAUGGGAGUGUGGCAACACAACAGAACUCUUUGGAGCAGCUGGAACCUGACUAUUUCAAGGACAUGACACCAACGAUCAGGAAAACCCAGAAAAUUGUCAUUAAGAAGAGAGAACCAUUGAAUUUUAGUAUCCCAGAUGGUAGCACAGGUUUUUCCAGUAGAUUGGCAGCUACACAAGACAUGCCUUUCAUUCAUCAGUCAUCAGAACUAGGUGACUUAGAUACCUGGCAAGAAAACACCAAUGCCUGGGAAGAAGAAGAAGACGCGGCCUGGCAAGCAGAAGAAGUUCUGAGGCAGCAGAAAAUUGCGGACAGAGAAAAGAGAGCUGCAGAACAGCAAAGAAAGAAAAUGGAGAAGGAAGCGCAGCGGCUGAUGAAGAAGGAGCAGAACAAAAUCGGGGUGAAACUCUCCUAACACACGCCCCCCGCCACACCCCAGUGCCAGUAGGAGAAGCCGGGACCUGCCGCCUACACAACAAGCAGUUGUAUGGACUGGAGAUGAUUUUCAGAAUACAAACACUGCUUGAUCUUAAUGUGUUCAUCGAGCCAUCCAGGACACCAGGAUUCUCCCACAGUACCUUGAACUGUCAGUAAUCAAGACUCAAAACACAGAAAUGAUGAGACAAUUAUUUUCUUCAACAUGUUCCAAAUAUAAGACAAUUGUUUGCUGUAGAGAAGUUAUUUCAAGUGGAAUAUCCCAGACCAGUACCUCUCAAGCUAGUGUUUCUAGCUGAAUAAAGUGGGUGUAAAUAAUUUUAUGGUAGAAAAGUACUCUGCUAUCUAUUAUGCUUUCAUUCAUUGUGCAUAAUUAUAAGAUAAUUUUAAUAGUCUUUGUUGCCAUGAUCACUUGACACAAAUUAAACAAAGUUUAAGUGGGGCUUUAUACCUCCUUAAUUUUGUUUUCAGGUAGUGUUGACGUACAUUUUCUUUAAUUUGAACUGGCAUUGUUUGGUACAACAUUAAGGAAUAUGAUUUGGAUUUUCAUGAAAAUACAUUAAAAUGCAAUAAUUUUAUUUAUCAAAUAUUUUGUAUAUCCUUAUUUUCUUUUGGAUGGUAUUGUAAUGUUAUCUAGAGCUGUAACUUAUAGUGCAUGUAUAAAUGUUGAGAAUCAGCUGCAGUGACAAAUCUGUAUAACUGAAGAACUAACAUUAGUAGCUGUUCCCUUUCAUUACAGACGUCAGGAUGCUCUCAGUGUCUUUAAGGAUCGUAGCUCUUCAUCCUCCUUGAAAGCCAUUAAUUUUCAAAUGCAGAAAGCCUUCAGUUUUAAUUGAUUAUAUGAAAGUGAUUCUGGAAAAUUUCUCUUUUUUUAUCUUACACAAUGCAGGGUAUCUAUAUUUUUGGCUAGAGAACAUUACAGAUUCAUUACAAACAAAUUAUAAGUAUUUUUUGUUUGUGAUAUUCAUUGUUUAAAGAAAUAAUUACAUAUUGUGUUUUAUGGGGGAAAAAUCCUAUCUCACAGUUUAAAAUACCAUUAAAUUUUCUCCACAAUUGAAAUAUAA